UGUCACUCUCGGAGAGGCCCGCCCCUUUUCUUCUUGGAGAAGACGGUCGGCCAUUUUAGGUUCAGCAGUCGUCAUUUCACAUCGCUACAGUAGGACGGAGAACGUCAGGACUCAAUAUUUCUCUUACAACUGUAGUGGAGAAUUGCCUACUAUGAACUGAAACUCUUCCUAAAAUCAAAACAAGUAGAUCCUAGUGUGAAGUGACGCAUAAGCCAGUAGAUUUCAGUGUCGAGUUGUAAUUUUUUGCACCUCAAUGUAGCUAGAGGAAAUGGCUGUGGAAAGCAUGACUGUCCAUCCAAACUCCCCAACUACCAACCACGAACACAACAGUCUCCUGACUGACGAAAGGCCGGAGGAUGGAGAGCUGGAGGAGGGUGAGUUGGAAGACGAUGGGGGAGAAAUGGAGGAGGAGGAAAUGGCUGGAGGUGCGUCAGCAGCAGGAGCGGGUGGAGAUGGUGACGAAGGGGGUGGAGGAGGAGGCGAAGCAGGCGGCGAAGGGGCAGCAGAGAGGCCUCGGCGAAGUAGGGAGCGCCACGCUAGCAGCGAUUCGGACGACGAGAGAUCCCACCGACGUAAGAGGAAGCGGAAGAAGGAGCGGGAAAGGGAAAAGAGGAGGUCCAAGAAGAAACGCAAGUCACGACAUAAACGUCACGCGUCCUCAGAUGACGACCACUCAGACUACAGCGAUGAGUCGGACUACAGUCCCAGUGAGAAGAGGAAGUAUAGAGAGUACAGCCCCCAGUAUGCUACUCCUCACGGGAGCUACGGCGGCUCAAAGAAGGGCGGUUACAUGAAGAUGGACAAACAGGGCUACGGAGGCUACGAUGACUAUGAAGAUGACAACUACGAGGGGGAGGAAGAGGAAGACAUGGGUGACGAUGACUACGAUGACUUCACCAAGGAACUCAACCAGUACCGCAAGGCCAAGGAGGGAGGAGGCGGCGGCCGCGGAGGACGAGGGGGCAAAGGUCGUAUGAAGAGCCAGCGAGGCCGUGGAUUAAUGAGAGGAGGGAGGAGGGGAAGAGGAGGAGGCAGAGGAAGAGGAGGGCGAGGUGGAGGAGGAAAGAUGGGGGGAGACGAUGAUGGAGAUGGCUACGGAGAUGACCUAGAGUAUGGAGAUGAUGACUAUGACAUGGGGGACGAUGACUACGAUGACUACUCCAAAGAACUGAAUCAGUACAAGAAGUCCAAAGACCGAGGCAGAGGUGGUAAAGGAGGCCGCGGGCGAGGCAGAGGUAAAGGAGGGCGGGGUAUGAUCCGCGGAGCAAAGGGUCGCAACAGAGGGCGAGGAAGAGGAGACAUGGGGCACGAUGAUGACAACGGAGACAUGGACAACGGGGAUGGUGGCUGUGAUGGUCCAGGACCAGGGAGGAGGAAUCAGAAUGAAAAGCACCAGGAUAAGAAGGGAAAGGCCAUCUGCAAGUACUACAUCGAGGGGAGAUGCACUUGGGGCGAUCACUGCAACUUCAGCCACGACAUUGAGCUGCCGAAGAAGAAGGAGUUGUGCAAGUUCUACAUCACUGGAUUCUGCGCCCGAGCCGACCACUGUCCUUACAUGCAUGGUGAAUUCCCCUGUAAGCUGUUCCACACCACAGGGAAGUGUGUCAAUGGUGACGAGUGCAUGUUUUCCCAUGAGGAACUCAACGAUGACACCCGGGAGCUGCUGAACAAGAUGCUGGCAGAGGACGCAGAGGCUGGAGCUGAGGAUGAGAAGGAGGUGGAGGAACUGAAGAAGCAGGGAAUUAACCCACUCCCUAAACCCCCUCCUGGAGUCGGCCUCCUCCCCACCCCUCCUCGGCCCAUUCCUGUUGAAACCAACACAGGCGGUGGGGAUUUUGGUGGGGCUGCGGCCGGUGACUUUGGGGGUCUUCCUGGACCUAAUCAGGUGCCUAUUGCCAUCAAAGGUCCCCCAGGACCGGGGCCUGUCCCUGGCCCUAAUCCUUGUGCUGGUCCACCUGUCCACGGUCCCGAUGGAAGUCCCUUCCAAGGUGGGCCGCCAAAUCCCACUGGCCCUCCCCCGCCCCACAUGGGUCCCCCACCUCCUGCUGGAGGAGGGGGAGGUGGCAUGGGGAAGAAGAUCCCCUCACUGUUUGAGAUUAAAGUUCAGCCCACAGGACAGCUGGCUCAGAAACUGGCGGUCAGAAGCCAGGCUCCCAGUAGCAAUCAGGGUCAGACCGCAGCACCUGGACCCCAGGGGCCCCCGGGAGCCCCGCCUACCCGAUUCCCUCCGCCUCCAGGUAUGAUGUCCCCUGACGUGCAGAACAUGGGCCCCAACAUUGGAAUGAACCAGGGCCCCCCCAACAUGGGACCUGGUGGACCGCCCAUGAUGGGAGGAUUUCCACCUGGUGAAGGCCCUCCACAUGGAGGUGCUGUACCUCCGGGUCCUCCUCAGGGAGGAGGAAACUUCUACAAUAACUUCUACAAUCAGCAGGAGGGUGUGAAGAUGGAGGGAGUGGUGCAAGAAGGUGACAGUUUCCAGGGUUUUUCCAGCAUGGACGAGAGAGGAGGUGCAGGAAAUUUUGGGAAUCAGUCAGGUGGCCAGGAAGGCUCUGCUAAUGGAGCCGCAGCCAAUCAGGGAGGGAUCUCUGUGCCUGAUUUUCUGCCUCCAGCUCAGCGCGUCCUCUUCAUGAGGAUCCAACAGAAGCAGCAAGAGGAAGAGGAAAGAGCUCGCAGGAUGGCCGAGGGAGGAGCCGAAAAGAGCAGAGACGCUGAAGGUGACUCAGGGAACUGGUACUCCAGUGAGGAUGAGGACGGUGGUGGUAGCGUGACCUCCAUCUUGAAGACACUCCGUCAGCAGACCCAGGCUCCUCAAAAAUCAGACGGACAUCCGAGCGACCCGCGUCUCCAGAAGGCCUCCCCCUCCCACCCUCCCGCUCGCCCAGCAGACCCCCGCUUGGCUCGGGACCCACGCUUGGCUCGUGCUGCUGAGUCGGCUCAAAUCUCUGACCCCAUCCACUCCACGCUAGCUCCAUCUUCCUCUGGACCACCUGCAGACCCCAGGCUAGCUAGGCUAGCUGCUGCUGCCUCAGCAGGAUCCACCUCGCACUCGCCUCCUGCUUCUAAGCCAGAACCUCCUCUGGUCUACAAGCCUCCUCCGCUUACAACCCCAGCAGUGGAAGAGGAGGAGACGGAGCGGGUUCUACGGGACAAGCCCGUGCCGAUUCCUCUGGACCCGCUCAUGGGCAUGGCUCUGAAAGACCCACGUUCCCAGUUGCAGCAGUUCAGUCACAUCAAGAAGGAUAUUGUUCUCCACAUGCCAGCCUUCGCCAAAACCAUCACGUGGUCACCUGAAGAUCUGCUUCCGCUCCCUAUCCCCAAGCAGGACCUCCUUCCUCUCCCCCCAGGCAUCCCUCCUGUGUCCUCCCUUGACUCACGUCUGUCCCGCACUCAGCAACAGCUCCACACGUCACUCCCUCACUCACAGCCUCCUUCCAUACAACCUCCUCCUUCCUUAGACCCCCCUGCUCCCGCCUCCUCGUCUUCCUCCCUCCCAGACUUUGAACUUCUGUCACGCAUCCUGAAGACCGUUAACUCCAGCACAUCCCAGACUUCUUCCCCUCCUCAUUUACCCACCCCUCCUACCACUAUGCCAGCGCUGGCUCAACCUCAGUCCAUGCCUGCAGCUUCUGCAGAAAAGCCUGUUGACCCCCGUGUUGCCCGCAAAGUCCCCUCUGACCCUCGUCUCCAGCCACAGAAGUCAGCACUGAAGCAGCCAUCCGAGCCCGUGCCCCCUCCCUCCACAUCUCCCACACCAACAUCUAGUUCCUCUCCACCUGCCAUCGCUCCCUAUGACCCAAGGUUGCUCUCCUCCGUUGGGGCAGGGCGCAGUGUGGGGGCCGGGGCACCAGGGGGAGCCAGUGUGCUGAGCAGCAUUAGUCUGUAUGACCCUCGGACUAGCAAACCAGGCAGCCCUGGUACCAGCAGUGGCUCUAACAACUCCCCCAACUCAGCUAGCCAGACUGAGUCCAAACCCAGCGACCCCCCAACGAGUAAACCUAAAUCCAAGGAGCCCCUCUUUGUUCGGAAGUCUGCAUUGGACCAACCAGAGCCAGAGAAAAGUGGAGAGCAGGGGACGGAUCGAUACAACAGCUAUAACAGGCCCCGGCCCAAGCCUGCGCCCUCACCUAACUCCACAGCUCAAGGGGGGGCUGCUGCAGCUGGAGUGGCCCCAGCUGGAGGUCAGGGUGCUGCUGGAGACCAGGGGCCUGCAGGGGUCCAUAACCUACCAGUGUCCUCUUUAUUUGGUGUUGUGAAGCAGGCCGCUAAGCCCGGCGGGACAAGCAGCCCCUUUGGGGGAAACAGCCCAGCACAGUCUGAUCAGGCGGCCGCGGAGCAGGACAACGGCUCCCUGAAGGAGGUCUUCAAAGGCUUUGACCCCACAGCCUCCCCCUUCUGCCAGUGACACUGAUCCUGGGGGGGUGGCUGCCGUGGGUUCUGGACGCUGAACAUAUCGGUGAAAAACAGAGAGACACACAUGCACUGCGGAAACUGCCUGUAAGACACAUUUUUGAUAGCUAAUUGGCAGCAGACAUAUUUCAUGCACACACAAACACACUUAACCAGUGUUUCAGAUUCUAUGAAAGACUCUCGGGUAGCGGGAAAGAGUUUAAAAUUAAAUGUCUAUUUUAAACAAACGUAUUGAUGUAUAAAUAGAUGUAUCCUCUUCAUCUCAGUGCUAAUGAAACGAUUAUCCCCACAGCAUCAGGACACAUUUAUAUGAAGUGAGCCUUUAAACUGGUUUAAAUCUUUUUAUUUAAGUUUCUCAUUUCCUUUUGUAAUUCUUCUCAUCUUAAAGCUGAUGUGCUCGUGUACAUAUGCAUAUUUUUGGGUUAGUUACAGUUGGCUGUGCUCUUUGUAACAAAUUAAAAGCUAUUUUUUUCUCUGAUUUUUCCAACGAUAUUUUGCUUUUUUUUGGCGUUUCUUUGAUCAGAAUCAAGAGCUCUGAGGCAACUUCCUGCCUCCAUAUCACUGCCUUUGCUUCCACUGUCCUCCGUCUUCCUGCUACCAGCCUUUGAGUUAUAUCAGACUAACGCAUGUAUUUUGUUUCUCUCCAUGUUACAUUUUUUUUUUUUUUUACAGAAACAACUAAAAAGGUCUGAAUCUUUAUUCUGCCUGAUGGCUUUUACGUCUUUGCACUGUCAGCUUGUAUUUAUACCUUCAGCUGUUCGUGUACAGCUCCAUUUCAGGUGACAGGCUCCAUAACCACUACGCAGAUGUUGCUCCUUCCCCCUCGUUCACACAGAUAUUGCCUUUACUCCGGUCUCGUUGCUGCGAGGAGAAAAAGAACGUUUGGUUUUAUCGGUUUGUGAAAACGGAGAGCGUCUAAGCUCCAGUUUCUGUAGCUUUAAGGUGGAGAAAAAGCAGGAAGUGUGUGUAGCUGCUCAGACUGAUGACGGGCUCCAUCACUUUGCUCUCCACUGGCACAUUCAGGUAGCGGUUAGCUAUCCAUGGGAUCAUGUUCUUUUACCUCUGCUGCCAAAACAGGUUUGGUCGGAGUUAUUUCCAUUUAUUUGCUCCUGAUUAGAGUCGAAUUAAGUCGUCCUGUUGGUUUCUUUUAUAACCCGUUUUGCUGCCUUGGGGUAUCAAUUUGAGAAGCUUGGCUGAUGGCACCAUGACAAUCAUAAACUACGUUUGGACCUAAAAUUAAAUUAAUGUGUAAGUCUUGCAUUUAUCUGUACUUCCUGUGCUUUUAAUCUGAACCAUGCCAUCCAAAAACAAAAGCAUUUAACACAAACUGAAACUGUUUGCAGUGCACGCCUAACGGUUUGGACUCGCCGUUUGGGUGAGAGUCUGAGUCCUUUAAACGGCGAGUCCAGCGUGUGAAUCGGGCCGAGGGAAAGCAGUUGUUCCUGUUUGUUACGCGAAGGCAGCGGUUUAGUUGCCGGCCUCGUUGGUGAACCUGUAGCCGCGCGGUCAGUGUGGAGGUUUCACGCGGUUUUGUCCUCCUGAAGGUGAAGAUUGUACAACAGCUCUCAGGAUCGCCGUCGUCCGUCUCGUGUUUAAAUGGUGAUUGGUUUUAAUUUAUUUUUUAUACCUGGAUAAAUAAACGUCUUCAUUUUGUAUGUCAGAGAUUACCACCCGCCUCAGUGGGACGCAGGCACUCUGCCGCAGUCAGAGGAGAUCAGAGAUGUUUAUAUCGGCAUUUGGUUUCUGAUGAUGAUGAUUCGCUGUGAUCUCCCUGUCAGGAGGCUGAGUGCCAGCUACAGCAGGUGUGAAAGUCCUUUGUUUUUUCCCUUCAUGGCUCUGUUGUUGUUUUUGUAUAUUUUAUUGUUGUUUGUUUUUCCCUCACUUUGUAAAUUUGAUCUGUAUCCAGUUCCUGUCUUGGAGGAGUGGAGUUUUCUAACUGUACACUGUAGGUGAGGUUGUAAGUAUUUAAAUAAAAUUAAUACAUGAUCAAUCA